GGCGGGGCCGGCCGCGGCUCCCCGCAGCCCCGGGCCCGCGCGGUGCCCGCCGCGCGAGGGGGUGGCCCGCGCAUGGCGAGCGUCGCCGCGGCAGCCGAGGGCAGGGAGUUGGACGUGGCGGCGGCCCAGGACGGGACCACAUGACGCACAGCGCGUCGGUGAAGACCCAGGGUUCGACGGCGGGCUCCCCCAGAGUACAGAAGGGCGUCACCCGCCUGUCGAACCAGGACAGCGUCAGCAGCCACCUGCUGGCCGAGCUCAGGAGCGCCUGGGGCGAGCUCGGCUCGCGCAGCCCUCGCGGGGCGCCCGGAGGAGGUGACGGGGAUCACCCCAGAGAGAGGAAGCGAACGUUGAAGGGCGUGUUCUUCCACCAGUUCGGGGACCACAGCGGCGACCACGAGGGCCAGGUUGUCAUUAAGACUGACAGCGAGGUCAGGAGACACAUCAAUUUGGAGCCCGUCCGGGGCGUCGCCCAGGCCCUGGUCGGCGCCCUGCUGUGUUUCGCCGGCGACCGCCGCCCGCCGAUGGAGGUUGGCCUGGACUCCCGCUUGCACUGGAUCGCUUCCAUGCGCGUUCCCGCGAAGGCGACGUUGGUGGAUUGGAUGGGACCCAGGCUCUCCUGGAGGGCCUACCUGGUCGGGCCCGGGCUCGCGGGGGACUUCCAGGCAGCCUCUGGAGGCUGGAGACACGACGACAAAGGCGUGAACGCCGACCUGCUCAUGGAGUGCUUGCGGAGGGGGAGGGGCAGGCUUCAGUUCUUCGAGCAUUUGGACGAGGAGAUGAGAGGGAUGGGGGAGGACGAGUGGGAGCAGGUGGAUGGGGACGACGGGGAAGAGGAGGUGGGAGAGGUGGAGAAAGAUUACUGGUGCGACCACACAAUAGAACCGACAGAGGAGCAGGACAAGGGCAAGAAGCACAAGGGCGACAACAACGGCGGGGGGGGAGGCGGACCGCCAGGAGGUGGCGCAACAGGGUUCGCAGACUACCUGGCCAGUCUCCACAAGCUCGCGCUGAGGACGUCGCAGGAGGCCAGGGACCUGAUGCACAUCAACACGAGCUUCUGGCUGCUGCCGAUCACAAGCGGACCGUUCAAGGACACCAGUGGAGCGGGAAAAGAUUACGCGGCGGCAGUACGAGCUCAAGGAAAAGGCCACGGUCUGGGCCCACCACACAUUCAUGCAGCCCUGUCGAUGCUGAAGGCGGUCCAGAAGGUGCUCGACGACAAGAUGGACCCCAACAAGAGGGACAAGGAGACGCUGGCGAUGAUCACGGAGUUCGUCCAGGCAGUGAGCGAGGAGCACGGCCCAGUGGUCCUGGCAGAGACAAUCUUACUGUGCAAGGCGACGAACACGUACAAAAAGGACGGCACGGAAGAAGCAGAUCAGCUUGGCAAGCUGGUGUUCUCGGUCAACCCGAUGCCCAACCUGGCGAUGGUGCUGAAAGACACGAAGGCGGAGGAGGCGACCAUCCAGAAGCUGGCCCUGUUCCAACCGGUGCUGCUGAAGGCGGCAAUCGAGCGCGGACUGCAGGAGGCCAACGGCAAGAAGAGCAACAGCAGCGGCCCGAAGACGGAGCUGGAGAGGACUUGCGAGCGCAACCUGCGCCAGCUCCAGAGGCGUUGAGGACGCCACAAGAGGGAAUCCAGCACCAGCAGAUGAGGGGUCCUUUUGGCAGCUCGAGCUCGACGGCCGUUGACCCCGAUAUGAUUUUGGAUUUCGGCACAAUAGAAGAUACAUUCAAUACUAUUGCAGAUGCAUAUCAGAGAUCAGGAUUACAGUUGCCUGACCCACCGCCUGUGCCGAGGACUGCAGUGACUUGGAAAGGAGGGGGGCCCGCCCCAAACUAUCCGCCAG